AUGACGACAGGUGCAUGCACCCAGGUGGGCCAUUUCGUGUGGCCCUCCGAGAUGUAUCCACAGUCCCUGGCAACGACGGCAUGGUCUGUACAAGGAAUACCUGGCCAAGUGCAGGCCGUGCCUGCUGCGCUCGCCACAGGGCUAAAGCCAAGUCAGCCCACUUGGGCAGACAUCCGUGGAAAGCUGCUGGAGCGGAGGGACACCAUCGGCUCCUCCUUCUCCACGGCGCCGCCUUCGCCCGACAACUCCACCUCCACAGCGGAGUUUCGCCGGGACUCGGUGAGUUCCACGGCCUCCGUGGCACAGAACCUCCUGGCGGAUGGACCCCCAACCUGGUUGAGAUUUGAAAUUCCAGAGGCACCCGUCUCUCAAGAGGGCCAAGGCCGUGGCACCGAGAAGGACGUGAGAAAAACCUCCAAGACCGAGGUUCAGCCCCACGCGGGCAAGGUCGUCGUGUCUGGUCCAAAACCCUCAGGUGUGGCCCGAGCCAAGUCUCCCGAGGCACGACCCGGUGGCUCCAACCAAAAGAUCUUGGUGCGCUCGAAAACAGGUGUUGAGCCGACUGUGGCUGCCCGUGCAAGGGAACUUGUGAAGGCAAAGACCCAGCAGGGCCUCGCAGCAAGGCCGCGUGGCCAGAGCCCGGUGUCUGUGCUCCGAGCAGCGCCUCGCCUGGUGGUGCCGCCUGCCGAGACCAAGGGAGGCGCGGCGCCAACGGCGCUCGUGUUUGUGCGUGAUGGAGCGGAUUACCCCCCGGUGCGCUUUGCGGCGUGA